UGCUUGGAGAGAGACGACGACAUCAGCAGCAGCAGCACGGUAUUCCGGGGAAACACCAUGUAUCUUAGGCUGAAGAGACGAGCGGAGCCUCACGCCAUUUCGCUUUCUUAUUUUUGAUUUCCGUUUCUUUUUUUUGUUGCGUCUUUUUCUUUCUUUUUUCCUCCUUUUCACCCAAUCUCUGACGCGCAAGGACACUACAGCAUCCAUCCACGGCAGAAACGCUCACAUAGAGCAUCCUCUGUACAGACGCACCACCAUCCUCCUCCUUCCUUCCUUCCUCCUACUCUCCUCCUCUCCUCUCUCCUGUUUCUGUUCUAACACAGAGGACAUCGGGACCUCUUCUUUACCCCCCUCCACAAUUUACCCGGAGACAUGGAUCUAUGGUUUCAUUCGAUCCGGAUUUGCUGGUGGAGGGUUUUGUUUCUGAUGAGUGUUUUCCAGGACUAUCUGAGCUCCAUGCUGGACUGCCCGCCGACCUGCAGCUGCUCUCAAACAGAGAUCUAUUGCAAUAAGUCCGACAACGGCAGGUUUUUCCCUUUGCUCGCCCUGCAAGAUACUGGGAACAAUGGGACCAGUGUUGACAUAGCGGAGUUGUUCAAAAACAUCACCUCUAUACACAUAGAGAACUGGACGGGAUUGCAGACUCUGAGAGACGUCGAUAUGGAGCUCUACACUGGACUGCAGAGACUAACUAUCAUGAAUUGCAACCUGAGGGUGAUCCAGGCUCGCGCGUUCGCUCAGAACCCACACCUACGCUACAUAAACUUGUCAAAGAAUCCUCUCACCACUCUGUCAUGGCAGCUCUUCCAGCACCUCCAACUCUCCGAGCUGCGUCUGGACGGUGUGGUGUUUGACUGCGGUUGUGAUAUCCGCUGGAUCCAGCUGUGGCAGCAGAGAGGAGAGGCCAGCCUCCACACGCAGCAGCUGUACUGCAGAAAUGGAGCCUCCAAGAUACGACUGCAUAACAUGUACAUCCACAACUGUGACUUACCGGAGAUCAGUGUGAGCCACAGCAGUGUGCUGGUGAUGGAGGGCGACAAUGUGACUGUGAGCUGCAAUGGAUCCGGAUCACCGCUGCCUGAAGUGGACUGGACUGUCAGCGGCCUACACUCCAUCAACACACACCUGUCUAAUGUGUACUGGCCCAACAUCCACUCCAUCAAUCUGACCCUCUUCAACAUCAGUCGCGAUGACAACAACUUCCAGCUGACCUGCAUUGCAGAGAACGUGGUGGGGAUGACCAACUCCUCCAUCCAGCUCAACGUACAGUUUCCUCCAGUCAUCCUGAGACUGGCUGAGCCUGAGCAGCGCCUCCAUACCUGCAUUGAGUUCACGGUUCGGGGUUACCCCCACCCCAAGCUGCGUUGGUUCUACAAGCAGAAGGAGAUCCUUCAGAACGACUACAUCCGAACUGAGAUGGACUUCUACCAGGACUAUCUGGAGGGCUGUCUGACCUUCCAGAACCCGACACACAUCAACAACGGCAACUACACUCUGGAGGCCAGCAACCCCCUGGGAACAGUCACCAAGACUGUGUAUGGUCACUUCCUCACAGAACCGGGCAUCAUAGACGAAGAAAUAGUGGAACUAGUUACUUCGACGCCAUCAUAUGGUUCAGGCCGACCAGAUGAAGAUACAUUCGGGGUUUCCAUCGCUGUUGGCUUGGCGGGCUUCGCUUGCGUCCUCCUCCUGGUCCUUUUUGUUCUCAUCAACAAAUACGGCCGGCGCUCCAAAUUCGGUAUGAAAGGUCCAGUAGCUGUGAUCAGUGGUGAGGAAGACUCUGCCAGCCCUCUUCAUCAUGUCAACCAUGGGAUUAUAACCCCCUGUACUCUGGAUGCGGGUCCUGAUGCUGUUGUUAUAGGGAUGACUCGUAUUCCUGUAGUGGAGAAUCCUCAAUACUUCAGACAUGGACACAACUGCAACAAGCCAACAACCCUUGUCCAGCAUAUAAAGCGAAGAGACAUCAUCCUGAAGAGGGAGUUGGGUGAGGGAGCAUUCGGGAAAGUCUUCCUGGCAGAGUGUUACAACCUGAGCCCCACCAAGGACAAGAUGCUGGUGGCUGUCAAGACACUGAAAGAUCCCAACCUGUCAGCAAGGAAGGAUUUCCAGAGGGAGGCAGAGCUGCUGACCAACCUGCAGCACGACCACAUUGUUAAAUUCUAUGGAGUGUGUGUAGACGGAGACCCUCUCAUCAUGGUGUUCGAAUACAUGAAGCACGGAGACCUCAACAAAUUCCUCAGAGCCCACGGCCCAGACGCCAUGAUCCUGGUAGACGGCCAGCCACUGCAGUCCAACGGAGAGCUGGGCCUUUCCCAGAUGCUGCACAUUGCCACGCAGAUUGCCUCAGGCAUGGUCUACCUGGCCUCUCAGCACUUUGUCCACAGGGAUCUGGCAACCCGCAAUUGUCUGGUGGGCAACGGCCUGCUGGUCAAGAUUGGAGACUUUGGCAUGUCCAGGGACAUCUACAGCAGCGACUACUACAGGGUUGGAGGACAUACCAUGCUACCCAUUCGCUGGAUGCCCCCAGAGAGCAUCAUGUACAGGAAAUUCUCCACAGAAAGCGACGUCUGGAGCUUUGGAGUCAUCCUUUGGGAGAUCUUUACCUAUGGGAAGCAGCCAUGGUUUCAGCUGGGUAACAACGAGGUUAUUGAGUGCAUAACCCAGGGUCGGGUUCUGGAGAGGCCACGGAUUUGUCCUAAGGAGGUGUAUGACAUCAUGCUGGGCUGCUGGCAGAGGGAACCGCAGCAGCGACUGAACAUUAAGGAUAUUCAGAAGGUCCUGUUUGCCAUGGGAAAAGCCACGCCGGUCUACCUGGACAUCCUGGGCUAGCAGCAGCCCCCAGAUGGCCCGUUCCUCGCCAGACAGACAGAUCGACAGAGACAUACAGACAGACCGACCCACACGAAUCCAGGAAUAACCAAACCAACCUGCUCCACUGUCGAAAAACAUCUACAAUGUUUGGGAAGGACUUAAGUGCCUGCAACACUUUUGGAUAUAGUGGAUAAAACGUAUUCAAAAAACACGCACUUUUACAUUUUGUUUACUUGCGUAUAAAAUGUACAGGUUUGAAGAAAACUUUUUUCUUUUCCCCUUGAAAAACUGCAAAAAUACACAAAAAUGGAGACAAAAAGGGAAGUAAUGAGGACUGGCAAUAGGAAAAUGGCCACAGUUUGAUUAUAUUAUAGAGAGAACACAUCAGAGUUAAAAAUCUAUCCUGGGUUUGGUUUUAUGAAUAUAUAUAGAAAUAUUACAUAUAUUUUAUAUUUAUUUCAUUUUGUCAAGGUGUUGGAGGGUCUGCCAUGUGUGUUGCUAAGGGCUCGGCCCUGUCCGAAGACGUCACCGACAAACUAUUGGCAGGGACUUGACGAUGGAAGCCUUACUUGCACUCUGAUUGGCCAGCACUGAGCUUUUAAUGGGAACUCUGCUUCUGUGGAAAUAACACUGGAUGGUUGAAAAAAAAAAAACAAAAACAAAGGAGCGCUCUGUAGAGGACAUACCCAAUCAGACAACUGACAAAUCUAUUUUAAUUUAAAAAUAAUGUACAUAUUGUAAAAUUCUAUGUGUCAAAAUUAUGUUAACUUAUUUUUUCGGACGUUCUUUUGGUUCCUUUUCUGACUGUGAUCUGGGUGGCUAAUGUUUAAAGCUAUGGUAUUUGUUUUUUCAUCCUAAUCUAGAGGAGAUUUCUCUUGGGAAUUACCUGUGUCAGUGCUGGUAAGUUGUCCUAUGUGUUGAAGGUGAAUGGCAGUGAAUACAGUUUGAAAAGCCCACUGACACUGAAUCAGAGACUUUGGACACUGGGGGGACGACUUGGAGCCAUUGUUCAACACAACACUUUUCCAAAGAGGUGAUGAAACCUCAUAUUCACUUUCCAGUUCAUUUGCUUUUUAUGGUGAGAAUAAUGCAUCAAUAAGUAAAAUCUUGCACCAUACCCCUCAAACACAUACACACGCUUUGAGAAACUGUCAUUUUCCGGCUUUUUGGUGUAAAGCUGCUUUUCCACUCUAAAGAAAACAUUUCUGUAACUGAGCGUAUGAAUCAUUUGUUAGCGGCACGAGUGAGUGCCCAGUAUACACAGGCUAAGGAAAGCUGUAACAUUAAAAAAAAUUAUUCAACAUUUUGGGAAAAUGCACUUAUUUACUUUCUUGCUCAGACUUAGAUGCCACUCUCAACAAGUGUCAGCUUAAUAUGAGCUACAGCCAGGUGACAGUUUAGCUUAGUGUAAAGGCUGGGAGUUGGGAGACAAGACAGCUGCUCUGGUUCUGUCUGUAUAGAGCAAAGUCCACCCACCAACACCUCUAAAGUCUGUUGUCUUUAGAAAUCUGUCUGUCUAUCUAUCUAUCUAUCUAUCUAUCUAUCUAUCUAUCUAUCUAUCUAUCUAUCUAUCUGUCUGUCUAUCUAUCUAUCUAUCUAUCUAUCUAUCUAUCUAUCUAUCUGUCUAUCUGUCUAUCUAUCUAUCUAAAGCACCUCUAAAAUUGACAUGUUUUAGAGAGCUGAAGUGAAAUCACAGCUUCCAGGCUCUGUUCCAGAAGUUAAAAAGCAGUUAAAAAAAAAAAAAAAAUCGAAAUCAACAACCCAGCCUCUGAACUGAGCCUUACUCAGCAAUAUGCCAUGUGUUUCACUCUAAAUGUCUAUAUAUAUAUAUAUAUCAAUGGUUAAAAAAAAAAAAAAAAAAAAUCUAAUUUCAUUGUUUAUUGAAUAUUGUUUAGCUGCCAUUAACAAACACCAUUUCCAAACAUCAUAAAAGAGUCUAUAGUGUAAAAAAAUAACCAUGUCACCACAGGUCUGCUAACUUUCUCCCUAACAACAAAUAACAUCUCAAUCAGUGAGUUUUGGAGGUGCUGUCCUUUGGACAGAGCCAGACUAGCUUAGUUUCCCCUUGUUUCUAGUCUGUGUCCUAAGCUACCCCACAGACAUGAGAGCUAUAUUGUUCUUCUCAUCUAACUCUUGGCAAGAAAGCAAAUAAUUGUAUUUUCCAUAACUGUUGCUUUUAAGUACUCUAGGUGGAUACCAUCAGCAUCCUGCCACUUCACAAACCAUGAAAAGAAACGCAAUGACUUCCUCCCUCACAUCAUUUGAACCAACAAAAUGAAAACAUUUCUUCUUUUUACUCAACUGUACAUGACUCACAGUCACUCUUUUCUUCCUCGCACUCGUGGCCUUUGCAUGUUUAGCGAUGACGAGGAUUUACCCACGUCUGUCGCUUUGAUAAAAACCUCUUCUGUUACAACCAGAGAGGAGCCACUGAAGCAGGUAGAUGCUUGCGUUCAUUUAUGGAUGGUACAUCAAAAAUAACUCAAUCACUCAAAUGGAUCAGCUAAUUGUGUGGUACGCAUUCCAUAUUUUUGAUACCUGCAGUAUUUACUGAACUGGAAAACAUGAAGAGUUUUGUUCCAAAAUGUGACUGAAAAGCAUGACCCCCAAAAAGCUUAACAGCAAAAAAAAAAAAAAAAAAGGAAACUAAAACCAAAUGAUGUUACUUUUAAAGAAUCAUUCGUAAUUAAGUGCUCAGUUGAUAAAAUGAGUUCAUUUUUACAGAGGGGAUCCUGUAGAUUUCUCAGAUGUGAAUGAAAAACCUCAGGCAACGAUUUUAUUUUAUGUUGUAUCUGGAUAUAUAACGUUUUGGAGUGGAACUCUUCACAUCUCUUCCUUAUUAUCUUGACAUGAAUUCUCACAGUAUCACAGUGUUGUCUCUGUUCCCCUUGGGACUAUGUAAAUCAUUAAUGAGCAUUCAGUUGUUUCAAGUAUUUUAUAUGAAAGGCAGGAUCAAAUCCAAUGAAUUACCCAAAGCAUUCAGUUUUUGUGUAUUCUCUUGUGGUAAAGAUAAACGCUUAAAGACAUUAUGACACAGACUGUGAGCAUUUGCAGGGUAUUGUAAUCCUUUCAUGGUGAGUUGAAUAUUGUUUAAAAAGUUUUCCUUUUUUGUUUUCUUUUCUUGGAUGAACUAACCGAACACUUUUUGAAGCAAAGUUGGCAUAUUACCAUGUACACAUGUUACAGAAUAUAAAAAUGUGGUAUAACAACUGCAGUAUAUAAAAUACUGGUAUUCCAUGAUAGAUCUUUGUAUUAAUGUGACUCUCUUAAGAAAAUGUCUUCAAACAAUCA